AUUCCUUUCGAGAUCUCGCUUCUCUAAGCUUCCGCGGCGGCACGGUGAUGACUAUGACCCCCGCUCCGGUGGCGAACGGCGCAGCGGCCGGCGCUGGCGGGGGCAUGAAGCGGCGGGGCGGUAGGUUGUGGUACGCGGCCGCCGGUGCCCUCCUCGUGGCCCUCCUCGCCGUGGCCGUGAGCUACCGCAGCUUCCCGGGCGUCCCUUCCUCCCCCUCGUCACCUGGAAGCUGCGGCUGCCCUGCUGCGAGGAAGUACACGGGGAUGGUGGAGGACUGCUGCUGCGACUAUGAGACGGUGGACGCCAUCAACGAGGAGGUCCUGCAUCCAAUCCUACAGGAACUCGUUAAGUUGCCCUUCUUCAGGUACUUCAAGGUUAAAUUGUGGUGUGACUGCCCUUUUUGGCCCGAUGAUGGAAUGUGCAAGCUUAGAGAUUGUAGUGUUUGUGAGUGUCCGGAGAAUGAGUUCCCUGAACCAUUCAGGAAACCUUACAAUGGACUUUCUCCAGAUAGUAUGAUGUGCCAAGAAGGAAAACCCCAGGCUGCCGUUGAUAAAACUCUUGACAGCAAGGUUUUCAAAGGAUGGGUUGAAACUGACAAUCCGUGGACAUCUGAUGACGAGACUGAUAAUAAUGAGAUGACUUACGUGAAUCUUCAACUGAAUCCUGAACGAUACACUGGCUAUACUGGUGAUUCAGCAAGAAGAAUAUGGGACGCUAUUUACAAAGAGAACUGUCCAAAAUAUCCCUCUGAAGAACUGUGCCAUGAGAAGAAGGCAUUGUACAAGCUUAUUUCAGGAUUGCACUCCUCAAUUUCAGUGCAUAUUGCUUAUGAUUACCUUCUUGAUGAAUCUACUAACUCAUGGGGACAAAAUCUUCCUUUGUUGUAUGACCGCGUCCUGAAGUACCCAGAACGUGUCCAGAAUCUGUACUUCACCUACCUGUUUGUUCUUCGGGCCGUGACAAAGGCAGCAAAUUAUCUUGAGCAGGCUGAGUACAAUACCGGCAAUCCUGAAGACGACUUGAAAACAGAAUCUCUUGUGAAGCAGUUGCUUUACAAUUCCAAGUUAAGAUCUGCAUGUCCAUUGCCUUUUGAUGAAGCCAAACUUUGGCAAGGCGAAAAUGGUCCUGAGCUAAAGCAAGAGAUUCAGAAGCAAUUUAGAAACAUUAGUGCAAUUAUGGACUGUGUUGGAUGCGAGAAGUGCCGACUGUGGGGAAAGCUCCAAGUUCAUGGUCUUGGAACUGCACUGAAAAUUCUUUUCUCUGUUGAUGGGGACAGCCAUAUGAAUCAGCCAUUGCAGCUGCAGCGAAAUGAGGUCAUUGCAUUGUUCAAUCUUCUGAACAGGCUCUCAGAGUCUGUCAAAUUUGUACAUGAAAAAGGAUCAUCAAUUGAAGAAGUCAUUGAGGAACAGAUCCCUUCAACGGUUCAAAAGAGUGUUUCCAUGCCGAAUCUUAAACUGGACUUCCUCUGAGAUGUAUGAGAGUAAUUUGUAGUUAUACAAGAUUGCAAUGACAUGCUGGAAGAUUAACAUAGACAUGUACGGAUAUAACGAAAGAUUAACAUGUGCUGGAAGCAGUUUCAUACAUACUUGUGUUGCAGCUGUAUUUAAGAGAAUGAGAGAUACAGAUACUUUUGAGCUAAAUGCGAUGACACAGUUAACAUAGCCCCCCCGCACCUCAAACUUUUCCGUGUAUAGGGUUCCUCCGCUGUAAAUCAAAGGAUGUCACCCCUCUGCACUCGCCAUGAUCAAGAGAAUAUUCUCGCUCAACUUGAUCA